CCCCACCCCCCAAUGCACCAAAAGGCAGUGGACGGGAUAUUGUCCUGACAUAGCCUGCCGGGAGGUAAUUCGAUUCAAUGCCGUCGGGGAUAUCGGACUUGGUAUUAGAGGCAUUCUGAUAGCUACAUCGCCUCAGAUCCAGACACUGUCGGGCAGCAGUAAGGGAAACGGAGAGGGGUGGGGGCGACGGUGGCAUACAUUAAUGGGCUCGCGUCUGACUUGAAAAAAAAAGCAUCCUUGCACUUUGUCAAGUCUCCCUUUCACGGAGAGGAGAUCUUAGAACUCUCCCGAUAAAAGUACUAGAGGUGCUGCCUCCACCCCUCCCCGGUGGGUAUUAAAAAUUUAGCAUGCACUGUUCGCACUGCAGUAUGUACCACACUCCGUAAUGCCCACUCAGAUCAUCUCGACAGCAGUGAUGGCACAUAAAUCGACGGAGGCAACAUGAGCGCGUGUGGCUCCUUCUAGUCUUGUCCAUCUCUUUGUACGUUCUCGGCAGCUGCCACCCUAAACCCUGCUCCGUGUAGGCAAACUGGCAGCCUCGUUAAGGUAUAUCCUGAAUUUUCCCGUCGCCGGAUUUACGUGGGCAGGACCGGGGGGCAUAUGUGAACUCUCUCGGACACGCAGUUGUUGAAUGUCUGAAGAAACCUCGACGACUUCCAAGCCAUGUCGCAGAUGUUGCACAUAGAAAUUCCCAAUUUCGGGAACACCGUGUUGGGCUGCCUGAACGAGCAGCGGCUGAUGGGGCUUUAUUGCGACGUCUCCAUCGUCGUGAAGGGACAGUCGUUCAAGGCGCACCGGGCGGUGCUGGCCGCUAGCAGCUUGUACUUCAGAGAUUUGUUCAGCGGGAACAGCAAAAGUGCGUUUGAGCUUCCGGCCACUGUGCCCCCGGCGUGCUUUCAGCAAAUCCUCUCGUUUUGCUACACCGGGAAGCUGACCAUGGCUGCCAGCGAGCAACUCGUGGUCAUGUACACGGCAGGAUUCCUUCAAAUCCAGCACAUUGUAGAACGAGGUACAGACUUGAUGUUCAAAGUGAGUUCGCCCCAUUGUGACUCGCAGACCACCAUGAUCGAGGACGCCAGUUCGGAGCCCCAAAGCCCCUGCAACCAAACGCAACCCCCAUCUGGACCCUAUGUUAUGUCCCCUUCCAUGCCCAUCCCUCUUUUGACCCGAGUGAAAAACGAGAGCCUAGAACUACAACCCAUCGCUGUGCCGAACAUGCCGGUCAAGAGGCCGGUGGAAAACAGAGACAAUGGAGGCUCCAUUUCUACUGCUAAUCAUCAAAAGCUUUCCCGCUUGUCUUACUAUGGGAUGUCCAGCUUGGCCGCCCUUUUCCCCAACGUGCAACAAGUGCAGUAUUCCCAGGGGGAACGUACAAGCCCUGGAGCAAGCAGUAUUCCAACCACUGACAGCCCUACCUCCUACCACAACGAAGAGGAUGAAGAAGACGACGAGGCCUACGACACUAUGGUGGAGGAACAUUAUGGACAGAUAUAUAUGAAAUCCACAAGUAGCUAUUCAGGGCAGGAUAAAACAGAUCAGAUUCCGGCAUUGGAAAACCGCUCCUGUGUCCUGAUCCGGCGGGAUUUGGUGGCGCUCCCUGCCAGCUUGAUAAGCCAGAUUGGAUACCGCUGCCACCCGAAGCUGUACUCAGAGGGGGAUCCCGGGGAAAAGCUGGAACUUGUGGCUGGUUCUGGGGUUUAUAUCACCCGCGGCCAACUGAUGAACUGCCACCUCUGCGCUGGGGUCAAACACAAGGUCCUGCUGCGGCGGCUACUCGCUACGUUCUUUGAUCGGAACACCCUUGCAAACAGUUGCGGAACGGGGAUUCGAUCAUCGACGAGUGAUCCCAGCCGGAAGCCUCUGGACAGUAGAGUCCUCAAUGCUGUGAAGUUGUAUUGCCAGAACUUCGCUCCGAAUUUCAAGGAGAGUGAGAUGAACGUCAUCGCGGCGGACAUGUGCACCAACGCACGCAGGGUGCGCAAACGCUGGCUUCCCAAGAUCAAGUCCAUGUUGCCCGACGGCGUGGAGAUGUACCGCUCCGUGAUGGGCGCCACGGCGCCGACCGUCCCGCUGGAACCCGAUUUCCAGCCCAGUCCGGCCCAAGCCUUCGAGCAGAGAAUCUAUGCAGAGAGAAGAAGCGAUUCCGCCGCCAUAUUGUCUCUGAGAACUAACGCCGCAAACAUUGACCUCACAAACGGGUCCAACCCUCCCUUCGAGCAGAGCGAAGAGGCCGAAGGUGCAACGGGAUCGGUCAUCCAAGAGGUAGGUGGCACCGACCCGUUGGCGUCCGACGCCCAAGGAAGCCCCGCUCCACCCUUCGAAGAAGAGGCCGGCUCCACUAGCAGGCCAGAGACCCCGGUGCGAAGACAGGAAGCUGCCUACAGCGGAACUUUAUAAAGAGGCGAGAACCUCCCAAAGGGAUGUGUAGUUCUACAACUGCUUCGCAUGCGUUACUAAUAACAAAACAAAUGUGAUUGGCCACUUACCUUCAGAACUGCUACUGUUGCCUGAAAACAAUGUGAUUUUUAUUCUGCUUGUAUUUAAAAAAAAAAACAGGAAAAAAAAAAAAAACUUUACGGGCGAAAUAAUAGCAUUCGGCGCCGUGUAAAUGAUCCGGUCGGACGCGACCAAUUAGGAAACGAAUAAUAACGGGCUCCUUUUUUCAUAUAACGGAACUUAACUGUAGAAAACGACUUUUAUUUUUUUUUUUUUUUGUUUUUACCAGCACGUUUCAGAAAUCCGCUGUUGUUCAUUGAAUCACUGAAUAAGCCCCUUUCCUGCCCAGGAGGCGGGGCAUUGGAGAGGAUAUAUAUAUAUAUAUAUGUUGGGCCGGGGCUGGGGGGGGUCGUUUACUAAAGUGGGAAUUUUCAUGCCUCCAUUUAACACAUUUACUUUCACACUCGCGGUUUCUCUAACGCGGGAUCCAAACACCGAGAUAUUUUUGGAUAUUUUUGGUGGUUUUUUUUUAGCAAGUUUCUGGCUGAGGUUUUGUCUAAUGUCAAGGCGGGAACGCGAGCAGUAAUCCCCAUUAAUAUGGCCCGUCGUGUAAACCCUCAGCAUAAUCCUUAACGUAGCUGUCAGCCGAAGGGGGGGCGACAGAUUAUUAUUAUUAUUAUGAUUGAUGCACAGUAGCCGCCAAUUCCCCACGACUACGUGGAGCAGGAAGUCACCGCGGUUACCGAGGGUUAAACCAGAUAACUGUCCCCCCAAAUUCUCCCACUUACCUGCUGUUUAGCUGUAACACUGGUAAAUAUAGAGGGGGAGGCACCUAGGUGUUCCCGCCCCCUACCUGCCCCAUUGCUUGCGUGACAUCCAGACAGAUAUGGUGGCCAUACAUGGACAUCGGCUCAUUGAUGUGGUCUUCACCCUGAUGACUAUCGUUCUAAUGUGAUCUUUUUUGAUGAGGUCCGAACGAUUGGAUCAGUCCAAUAUCACCCAGGUCAAGGUGGGCCGGAACGAUACCUUUGGGACCUGUGGGUUUGGGCCGACCUCAGCACAUUUGGGGGUCGUAGUUGGGUUUGGGUUGAGCUCUUCUUCUGCUCUCCCCAACCGCGACCUUAUACUGGUGGCUUCUGGCUCUCUGAAUUAUAGGCAAGCACCGACUCCACCCCUUUUGUGACUUCAUCGGUGGGCGGGGCGGCACUGGUCUAUAAAUAGAGGGGACUUGCCGGGAUUGGUAAGUGGGUGGGUUAGGGUCGGGUGUGGGUCGAGUAAAACUUGACCCGUACAUCACUACUGUGGAUCUGUUCGUUGUCCCCACUCAAGUCCAUAUUUGCCCAAAAUGUGAGUGAGUUUGGCGACUAUGUGUCGGUGGCAGUGAGGGGGCAAUACAGGACUACUAUGUACUAAACUCCCCAUUCAAAUUCUACCCCUUAUAUAUUGGUUGGUGUAAAUGUUUUUGAAUCUCACUUUAGUAAACGGAUCCCUCAAAGCCUCGGGCAAAUGUGCACCUUAUAACCGUCCUAGGCGUUAGAUGUGAAGGAACUUCGGUAACUUUGAAAAUUCUUUACGGGCAGAGAAUUUUUGCCCAAUAUUCCCCCCCCGCUGCAGUAGUGAGAUGCAGUCUCCCACUGAUUUGCACAGACUACUAAAUAGUGUCGUCACGGUAGUUGAUUUGGAGCGGAGAGAGUGUUUUCCUUGAGAUGUAUGUGCCAAGAACCAGGUAUCUUCCUCCCAACUCUUCAAGUACCGACCUUCUCUUCCUAUUGCACUUUCAUGUUCAUGGAGAUUGUAAUGUGGUAAUAUUGACUUAUAGUUUGCCCCGGUUGAGUAACCAAUGAGAGCUUUCCAUAGUCUAACUGCACUAGAACAGUUCUAGGUAACUGCUGAUUGGGUUCCAUGAGGUCCUAGACUGUUGAUGAUGACUAAGAAUUCCAUUUUGGGCUUUUAAAGGCCAAGAGGUAGACGCGGAACUUGUGGAUACCCCUGAAUAUCAAUUUGGGGAACUGACAGAACAGAAGAAAAUGAUUUGGUAGCCAAGUGCUCCUAGCCAAUUGGUGGACAAUUCUAGAACAGUCUUCUAGUUAGAAGGUCCAACCUUUUUGACUAGAUGUUUGUGUUACUUUUUAAGUUAUUAUUUUUGUUUUUAAGGGUUCUUUAAACCAUAUUUUCUGUUUUUGUGGCUAAACCUUGUUGGUGUCUUGACCAUUUCUUAACACUAGGAUGGAAAUGGAUACAUUUUAGUGGUUUCUCUCCUGGGAGGUCCCUAAAUGAACUUGAACAGGGUUGAAAAAAAGUAGAAUGAUGAGUGGAAAGGUCUGGGCUUGGCCAAGAUGCCCCUGAUUGGUCAAAUGUGAAUCCCAUGGACAGUUUUUAUAAUUACUACUCUUUGAUAGUCUUCUACUUCAAUCAGUUCUUUCUUCCCUAAAUUCUCGUAAUUUGAGUUUUACAAACUUGAAAUUUGAAUCAAAUAAUCUCCUAAAUUUUUAUUAGGGAUGCACCAAACCCACUUUUUUGGGUUCGGCCGAACCUCUGAAACCACCCAGCAGGAAUCGGCCGAAUCCCGAACCGAAUCCUUAUUAGCAUAUGCUGAGUAGGAUCGGAAGGGGUUAAAAAUCGCGGAAAUUCUUUUUCACUGCUUAUUUAACCUUUUCCGAAUUCUAAUUAGCUUAUGCAGAUUUAUGCUAAUUAGGAUCCAGAUUCGGUUCCACUGGGACCGCAGAAACCGAAUCCUUCAAAAAACGCCGGGAUUCGGCCAAAUCCCGGACCGAAUCCGGGAUUCGGUGCAUCCCUAAUUUUUACACAUUGGAAAUGAACGGAACAAUUUUGCAAUUUUUGGCACAAUAUGUUUUUUCCCCCCCAGUUCUUUUUCCCUACUGAUCAAAAAAAUUUGUUUCUGGAAUUUGAAAUUGUAAUCGAAAAUAUGUUGAAAUUUUGAAUUUUGAAAAAAUUGGCUGCUUGAACCCGGCGAGCACCUCUAGAAGUCAAUAGGAGGUAUAUUUUCAACAUUCAAGCUGAAUUUUUCAAAUUUAACAUUCAAAUUUUUGAAAAUGAAAUUUUGAAUUGUAGUCAAGUUUUUACAAUUUCAGAUAAAUUUAACAUGUUUUUUUUUUUUUUUCAACCCUGAAUUAAAAAAAAAAACAGGGGAGGGAAGAAAAGUUUAGUGGAUUUUCCAUUUAUUCUGAGGUUUGAACUGAUAAAAUAUCGACAAAAAGUCUUUUAUUAGGGACCAAAUUCUAAAUUCUGUUGAAACUAUUAUCUUCUCCGAGCCCAAAAUGAAACGAGUAAAUACAUUCUUAUUUCCCAUAGAUAUCAGUUUAAUCAGUUUGCCCUAGGGAUGCACCGAAUCCAGUUUUUCGGGUCCUGCCGAACCCCCGAAUCCACCAGAAGGGAUUUGGCAGAAUUUUGAUAGGAACUAAUUAGGAUUGGGAAUUUGUGGGCAGCGAAAAAUUUUCCAUUUUCGUGUUAACAUGACAAAAAGUCACACAAUUUUUCGGAUUUGUUUUGGCCAGGACCAUGGAUACGGCCAAAUCAGAAUCCUGCAG